AUGGCAGAAUCAGGUGAGCACCGCGCAAGACUCCGAUAUUCGCGCGCGAACUUCCAACGGCGUCUCUCAACGAUCCAGCCGAACCUGGAGUCCAUCCAGUCCCUCGCGCAGUUCAUCCUAUUCAUGGCGCCAACGUUCGCAUCCUCACUCGUUCAAGAAUGGGUGCAAGUGUUUACCGAAAGCGAUCGCGAGCGACGUUUACACCUUUUGUAUGUCGCGAAUGAGGUGCUGCAGCACGCGCGCCACCGCCUCCCUGUAUCGACACUGGAGCAACUUGCGAGUCUCUUCUUUGCGGGAUUGGAAAAUCACUUGGAUGUAUUGUUUGGUGAUGAGCGCUUUGAGAAGCUGAUGGAUGUUUGGCAGUCGAGGCAGGUUUUCACGGAGGAGCAGCUCGAUCGUUUGCGCAGACGCAUGAAGGAGCGGCUUGAGUGGCGGGCGCGAGUCCAAGAUGCCGGGAAGCACAUUGAAGCAGCAAUUGCAAGCUUGAAGGAUUCCGAGUCCAGAGAAGUUUCCGAUGCGCAAGCACGCAACGUCGAGGGCGUUGUCAUCAAACUGGAGGAAGCGCUCCAGCUUGUGAAGCGUUACCUCGACGGCCCUGACGAGUGCGCAAGCCCGGAAGGGCGACCCAAUGAAGACGGUUCCAAAAGCGAAACUGCUUUUGUAUGA